AUGAUUGCUGCUGCUGCUGUUGUUGCAAUAUUUGUUCUUUCAGGCGACAAGGAUCUGUACGCGAAAGGCGAAAAAAGCAACAUACUGUACCAACAAUAUCACAACUAUUAUCGCCAACGUCUAAUGACUGGAGGUGCCUGGGCGCGAGACAUCACAAACUUUUUCAACAACGCCCUCUUUUACAACAGCUGGGAAGAGGAACUCGAGCGCGCUAUGGAAGAGGGAGGUGAAGGGCCUGCUUUUCCAUUUGAUACUGUCAUCAUUGCACCUCAGGCUAUUGCGCAAUCUUCCUCUGCUGCACACCCGCCAUCUGCCUCUGCUGCGCACCCGCCAUCUGCCUCUGCUGCGCACCCACCAUCUGCCUCGGUCGCACUACCAGCAUCUACUCCUGUCACCACCCCUGACACACUGCCACCUGUCUCUGUGACAGCUCCUGUCGUCUUGCACUCGCCUGCUCCUAUCAUUGGGGCACAAACUCACUCCAUUUCUUCAGCAAUGCAAGAUCUUGCGUUGGCAGGCGAGGCUAUUGUGGUUGGUGCUAUCCCUCCAAAGCCCAAACCAAAGCCAAGGCGGUCCAGGACGAAGAUCUACACCCUCUCGUUGCCGUUGCCGUUACUCCCAGCUGCCCUCGAUCAUUUCUGGCACUGGCGCACUCCAUCAUCAUUAUAUCUUCCUAUCCGCUCUCCUGCUAUGUCUACCAUACCAUAA